CUGUCCCAUUGUUCGGCGGCUCUAUCGGCCCUCUCUGUGUGUGAUGCUCAUUGAGAACAAGUUACUGGUAACUGCUGCUGGAAUUCUGCCUGGCUUGACAUUAUAGGGCAUUCUGGGACUCAAGAGCAAUUUAGCAUUGCUAUAAGGGAAUAAUAAAGCGAUAUGUCUGGAUCAAAAAAACUGCUGAUGGACCAUUCUGUGAAAUGCACGACCAUGGAAUACCAAUGAACACAGAUCGCUCACCUGUAACCUGCAUUCCAGUACCAGGUAGCACUGGCCACCAGGGGCAGGAGAACGUGAUGUACAGCUUUAUGGGCGGAGGGCUGUUCUGUGCUGGCGUAGGGAAUAUUCUCUUGAUUGUUUCCACAGCAACAGAUUACUGGAUGCAGUACCGACACUCUGGUAACUACAUGCACCAGGGACUAUGGAGAUACUGUGUGACUGGAAAAUGCUAUAGUCACACCGACAGCAUUGCUUACUGGGAUGCUACCCGGGCUUUUAUGAUUCUCUCCUUACUGGCCUGCUUCAUUGGUAUCAUCAUUGGCAUCCUGGCGUUCAUCCACUACUCCUCCUUCGAAAGGUUCGACAAAACCUUUGCCGCAGGCAUUCUUUUCUUCAUUUCAUGCAUCUUUGUAUUGCUGGCUAUGGCUGUGUAUACUGGGGUGACAGUGAAUUACUAUGGGAAGCGGUAUGGCAAUUGGAGAUUUUCCUGGUCUUACAUCACUGGCUGGGUGGCGGCCGUCCUCACAUUCUUCUCAGGGAUCUUCUACAUGUGUGCCUACCGUAUGCACGAGUGCCCCAGAAACACAAGCCCACACUAGGAGAAGAAGCCUGGUCCAUUUGCUACGGGAAAGCGAUUCACUGAAUUUGAAAUCCAGGAAUGCCAUUUCCAUUUUGAAGCUGGGAUGCUGACUCUCAUACGACAAUGAUAAAAUAAUAAAGCAAUGAAAUAAUGUUGUGUUAA